GGAGGGAAGAGAAAGGGAGGGGAAAAGUAAAAGCUAAAGGAUUCUGAAAAACACAAGGAGCCGUAGAGGAUUGGAAAUUUGCCCUGAGCUGUGAUCAGCCCGCGUGAAGACCCCAAAAGAUGGGCAGCUAUCCAGUUUCUGUGCUCUUAUGCUGUUUUUUCUUUGUACUUGUUACUGUCCGAGCACAACAAACUGAACUACAUGACACUGAUGCCACUGCUUUGCCACCACCAGACUGCAGAGAGGAAGCAUACCCCUGCACCAGGAUGUACUCUGUUCAUCGACCGAUGAAGAGAUGCAUUCAUUCACUCUGUCUCUACAGUCUUCCAAGAGUCUAUGUGAUCAACAAAGAAAUCUGUGUAAGAACCGUGUGCCAGCAAGACGAGAUCCUGAUGGCUGAACUCUGUAGAGAGAAAUCGGGUUGGCCAAAACGCCAAAAGAGGACAACUAUGAAACGCUGUCUCCGUGCCAACCCUAAAACCUGGGCAAACAGGGCCUAAAGUCAGAUGGAUGACAAAGGGCAGAGUUUUGGUUCCAACAAAUACAACUGUAAAUUUAAAUGUUGAAUCUAAAAACGUAAACUUGCUACAUUCCUAAAACAAACCUAAGCUGUGGUCCAGUGACCUUCACAAACAUUACUGUUCAUAAUCACUUUAUGUAACUUAUAAUCAUUUUAAUGCUUGAACUUGAAACUGAAAAAAAAGCUUGGUUGAAUGUCUCAGUAUUUUUAAAGACUGUAUUUUAAUAGGAUCACAAAGGGCAUGACAGUCCUCUGGUGCUGAAUGUUAAAGUAGCCCACUGCAUAACCACUAUUUGCUUCAUAUUCUUCUAUUAUACUGUUUAUGUCCACACCAGCCACUGUAAGUAAAAGACGAAAUGCACAACAGCAAAUAAAAAUGUUGAUAUUUUCACUCUCAAAGAUCAGCCUUUCACAGAACUUAUUAAAGCAUUGUGUGGUUAUGUUAAAAUAUGAAUGACUAAUUUACUUUGGACUAUUAUGUUUUAUAUGUUAGGA